UUUGUUUUCUCGCCUGCGGCUGAAGUUUUGGACGGCGAACCGCUGGAGGCAAUGUGGAUAUAGUAUUGCGGUUAUCAUUGUGAAGAGUACAGGUAUUGUAGCUUCGUAAACUGGCGGAAAAUGUAGGUAACGUGUUGUCUUUGACUCUUACAUUCUCGUCCCGGUGCUGUUAGACGUCUCCCUCGAGCGUUUUACAUGCGGACUGUCAUUCAGAAAUACUACAGCCUGCAUUUUCAGCGCUCACGUGUUUGACCUUACCGUCUAUAUUUCUUAUUUUUGUCCCAUUCUCUGUCACUUUUUGUUUUCAUUUCCUCAUGACUAAGCUUUUACACAUUGUCAACGUCCACUUAAUUUGAUACAAGUAGACGUUGUCGUGACAGACGCGAUUCUUCACAUUUUUGUGUUUGGAUUAAAUCACGAAGUUCAGAUAAAUAACUCGAAAGGAGCUGAAACCCCCCCUUUUUGCUGGAUAAAGGCAUGUGAACGGGCUGCUGCCAAUCAAAGAGGCUGUUCAUUUUGCUUCCUGAGUAAUUCAACCAAAAUGAAGCUUCAGUGGGUCUUUCUACUGCUGGAGAUGGUGCUGGUGUCCACUGCUGCAAGGGGUCCACCUAGGGUGUCUGAGCGAGUGGCCCACCGGCAGAGCAUCCGUCUGGGUCGCACCAUGAAGCUGCCCUGCCCCGUUGAGGGUGACCCCCCACCACUCAUCAUGUGGACCAAAGAUGGACGCAACAUCCACAGCGGCUGGACGAGGUUCAGGGUGUUACAGCACGCUCUGCGCAUCAAAGAGGUGGAGACAGAUGAUGCAGGGACCUACAUCUGUAAGGCUACCAACGGCUUUGGCAGCGUCAACAUCAACUACACACUCAUCGUCAUAGAUGACUCAGGUGCGAGAGGUGGAGCUGCGACGGCCAAUGGUGACUCUGAAAAUGUCCCGGAGCUGGCAGGGAAACUGGUACGUCCACGUUUCACCCAGCCAUCAAAGAUGAGAAAGCGUGUCAUCGCUCGCCCAGUGGGCAGCUCAGUGCGUCUAAAGUGCACAGCGAGCGGUAACCCUCGCCCUGACAUUGUCUGGCUGAAGGACAGUCGGCCACUGGUGGACGAGGACAGCGGAGCAGCAGGAAGAGGAGACGGGGAAGGCAAGAAGAAGAAGUGGACUUUGAGUCUGAAAAACCUGACACCAGAGCACAGCGGGAAGUACACGUGCCACGUCUCCAACAGAGCUGGAGAGAUCAACGCCACAUACAAAGUGGACGUCAUACAGCGUACUAACUCUAAACCCAUCCUGACUGGGACUCACCCUGUCAACACCACCGUGGACUACGGAGGAACCACGUCUUUCCAGUGUAAAGUCCGCAGCGACGUCAAACCGGUCAUACAGUGGCUAAAAAGAGUUGAACCGGGUGACGAGAACAAAUUUAACUCCACCAUAGAGGUUGGAGACCACCGUUUUGUGGUCCUACCUACAGGAGAAGUUUGGUCGCGUCCUGACGGAUCAUACCUUAACAAACUGUUGAUAACUCGAGCGAAAGAGGAGGAUGCUGGCAUGUACAUCUGUCUGGGAGCCAACACUAUGGGCUACAGCUUCAGAAGCGCCUAUCUCACUGUGCUACCAGAUCUGAAGCUCCAAAACAACUUGGUCCCGACAGCAACAUCCCCGAGCCUCCCCUGGCCUGUCAUUAUUGGGAUACCUGCAGGUGUUGCCUUCAUCUUAGGCACCGCACUCCUCUGGUUCUGCCAGUCAAAACGCACCUGCUCUUCCUCUUCUUCCUCAUCCUCCUCCACCCUUCCUGCUGCUCAGCGUCUGCCAGCAGCCAAUCGUGAGCGAGCCUGUGCUGCGGUGCCUCAACAACCAGCCAGUGGAGAUAAAGAUUGUCUUUCAUACGAAGACUACAUUGCCCAUCAGCAGCUGCUCCUGGCUCAAGGAGGCACUGGACUGGCCCCCAAAGUUUACCCAAAGAUCUACACAGAUAUACACACUCACACGCACUCACACGUGGACGGGAAAGUGCACCAGCAUCAGCACAUUCACUACCAGUGUUAGCAGAAAGGCUAGCAGAAAAUUCAGCUGUUAUAAACAUGUUCCAGUGCAUGGAGACUCUUUUACAACAGUCAAAACUAACUGUUGACAUAAGAAGCAAAGAACAAGGAAAGACGCAUGCAAGAGACAAUGCAGAUUCAUAUAAAUGGAAACAUGGGAUCUGACAACUAUUUUUACUCUGCUGCUGCCAGGAAAAGGACUUAUAACAGACACAAAAAUGAAGAAUGUAAAGAAAGAAAUAAAACCUUAUUUUCAGCUGAUCUGGAGGCAAAUCCAGUGAAAUCUAUGAGAGAGAAACACAAAAUCUAUUUUAUUCAAGCCUUUUUUAUAUAAAUCUCUACUUUAGGUUUUUAAAUCUCUCUUUUUUGCUUAUUUGAAGCCUUGUGGUAAUUUUAACCAACAAUUUAUCCAUCUCUGUUCUCUGAGGGCUUUAAACACACAAACCACAACCUCCUCAGCAAAAGUAGAAACAAUUCACCUUCGCUUCAAGGCUGCAACCACAUGUACUCUUGUAAAUAGCCAAAAACUGUUAUAUAGCAUAUAGCAGGCUACUUCACCAUGGGUAAUCUUUAAGAAUAAUAUAGCAUGUGUGUAACUUUAUAGCUUAAUUUCAGAUUAUGACUCAGGCAUCGGCCAAACUGAGCCACGAAACACAAAUCAGAGUCACCACAGGAUGUGAGGAUGAAGGCUGCUGGUGUUUGCUUCUGCCGGGCCGACAGCCAUCCUGAUAAAUGUCCAGCUGCUAACUGGGUGCUAUGUGAAAAAAGAGCCGUUUUUAAACCAAGUACGGACAGCGUGCAACUCGAUUAUGGCAGCAGCUUGAGCGUGAUCUCAGCCUCUUUUUAAGAACAUCUACUGACAGUUUCUGUUGCUUUAUUCUGUGAAGAAAGCUGGCAUUUAUUGUCUAAAUGUUUUAGCUUUGUUUAAAGCUCACUGACUGAAGAAGAAAAGGAAGCCGUUUUUUCAUUUCAUAUUGUCUGCUUUUUUAGCCGACGGUGCAAAGGGAUGAUCAACAACGCCUCAAAGAAUUGUUUCCAGACUUUGUGGAUCACUGUGGGAUCAUUGGAUAUGUCACAGACUCUCCUUCAUCCGUUGUGAGAUUUAGUGGGCUUAAACUCUAACUUAAGGAUGAGACCUAAAGUCCUCAACUCUUCUUCUUAAAGUGCCUCACUAUAUGACCUCAAGUGUACUGUAACAGGGUUUGCACGUGCUCCGUUCUCCACACAGCCUUUUGUUGUAAAGCAGAGGGGCUCUUCUUUGGUCUGGGUUUUGGAUAAAGGGCUUUCUUCUCACCUGUAGAUCCCUAUGUCAAGCGCAGUGCUGCCGUAAAGCUUGUCUAAAUGCUAUAAAGGUAAAAGGACAGGCUGCAGAUAAAAUAAAAUCAGAUAUCAGUAUUUCUAUGAUAAAAUAUUGUGCCAUAUAUUCUGCAGACCACUGUACCAGUGCACAUUGUGUAGCUUAAAGUACAUGCACUGCACACAGUGCUGUCAUUUGGUUGUUACACAUGAGUUUUGGAUAUGUUUAACAAUAUUUAAUUGUGUUUGGAUUAUUCUUUUGCAGAUUUGCCACUUCUAUAUACAAAAUAGUUUGAAUGCAUUUACAUUUGGGUUCAAGUUAUUUUCUUGCUAUUUGAUUGUAGUCGUAUGUCAUUUUAGUGCCACUAAAAUACACCACACAAGUUAUACCUCCAAAACCACAAUAUAUAAAAGGUCUUAGAUUUUCUAACCUUGUUAUAAGGAUUGUCACAAAACUAGAUUUAUAUACUUUAAUUCUUGCAAAAUGGAACAACAUAGUAGACACAGCCAUAGUGUCUUAUGGUGUGUUUCCACCAAGUGUUCUUGUUUGUUCCUGUUUUCUGUACAGCCUGGUGUGGUAAAUCCUGAUUUUGUUUGAACUUUCAAACAGAUGUCCAUCCAGCCUCUCUCAUGCAAAUUCCAGCUCUUUUUAGUGAUCCAGAUCAUUUGGCACGGCUCUGUGCUGUGGUAGUGGUAUGACUAAGGAUGUUCCUAUGUGUCUAUUUCCCUAUUCGGCUACACAUCCAUUUAAAUUGACUGGUCUAACAAGGAGAAAAUACCUAGAAAACAGCCAAAUUGACUGGGUCUAAUGCGAGCCUGAUAAACUCCGUACAGCGUGGCUAACAUUAGCAGCUAGCUCCGCCAGUCUUCAUUCCUCUUUGCAGAUUAAUGUCAUGUUUUGAUAUGUGGCCUCUUUUCACUUCAGCUGAGAAUUUAUAUGCAAGUUCAACCCUCACCAGUCUAAAUACCACUUUAUUUCCAUUUAUCACUAAAAAACUGUCAUACUACGCCCUUCCUACUACAUGCUAACUGCCAAGCUGCUAGCGGCCACAACUGAAGCUACAGUUAACUUGUAAAUUUUGUGCUAAUUUAAUAUUUGAAUAUAACCAUUUAACUGCACACAUCCCUAGUUACAACUCCUAAAGAACUCUUCAUUUCAUAAAAUUUUUUGAUUUUUAUGUAUAUUAAAUGAUACAAAAGAAACAACUAUGGAACGACUUAUGAGUACAGCUUAAAACUUGUCUUUAAUGGUCAUUUCAGUCUGACCUCUAUGCUUCAUGGUUUGUUCACUGAAUAAUAUAUCCUGGUUUCCUAUAAAAGCAUGUCUACAGCAAAACAAGAGAGAAAAGCUGUCGAAGAGGCGUCACUACUAGAAACUGACAACAAACAUGUUUCAGCACUUGGCCUUCGUCAGCCACUUUGCUUUGAGGACUCAGUUGUGGUCUGUACAAAACAUGGAGAGUUUUUGGAUUUACCAUGAUGUCACACAGAAAGUGGAGAAUCUUUUGACCAAUCAGUGGACUGCCAUUUGUCUAGCUCAUCUCAUUAGAGUCAGACAAGUACACUCGAUACCCCAACAGAAGAGAGAUUAAAAAAGUAAAUAGUUUACUUUUCCCAUACUACACAGAGCCUAACUAAACCAGGACGCUUGGUGGAAAUGCAGCUACAGGCACCCAACAUCAGAUAAUCUCUUGUUUCCGACUGCCAAAAAAUCAAAGUCAGCUCCUGCACAGUGUCUAAGCUUUUAAAUAUAUUGGCAAUAUUUCGGUUACUUUCUAUUUCUACAGUUGCACAAGCGGCAGCUUUUGGAUCAAAAUAUUUUGGAUUCUAAAGCUCUGGUACUUUUUUGAUACCAUUUUUUUUAAUCAGAAGAGAUUGUUUCACUUUAUAUGCUAUUGAAACUUUUGAAUAUUGAAAGGUGUGAAAACCUUGCAAAACCAUAGCCGUUACUGAAAUUAGACGAUGAAACACGAUUAGUAGUUCAACCUUACAUGGGUUCUUGUUGACCAAUCAUCACAUACAGUAUAUUUUCUUUUAAUUUAAAGAUUUUCUUCUCUGUUGGAGGAAUUCAAACCAAAGUUUACUCAAUCUAUGCUGUUUUUCUCUGAGAACUAUCCUAAAAUCAGGUAUCUGCUGCCCUCUAUUUCCACAAAAUGACCCUGUGUAUGUUUUAUGUCAAAGCUAACGGACUGCCAUGAGACUGUAUACCUUCAUUAGCAUGUACAUGGGUAAAACCUAGUGUUAGAAUCACAACUAUUAGAUCAUUUAGUCAAAAUGCUUUGGAUCAUAUAGUAACUAUAAACAAACGCAUUGGCCCACAGAAACAGAUGGAAUACAUAAAUAGUGUGUUUUUAAUUUAUUUUCAUUUAAACGUGUUUGUUCUCUUUCAUGUAAUUGGGCAUUAUACUGCAUGAGUGGAUUGUGUUAUAGUAGAAAGGUAAGCUAUGUAGCAAAUACCAUGUUCAUGUCAUUGUAAGAUACUGUAUUUAUACGUGCCAACUGAAUAUACGAAAUUUAUUGAUAAUCUUUGUAUCGACAAUCUUGUACAGUCUAUUGUCAUUUAGGCUAAAUUGUUGUUUUCUUUCAUUUUAAUC